AUGGCCGACGAUGCAUCAAACUCAAGGCUCCUCUCCCCGCCCAGGGUCAUGAAUGGCAAGGAGAGAAGAAACCCAUCUAUUACUCCCAGGAAGUUCCGACGGUUUUUCACUCCUCGCUCUCGAGUACCUACACGUAUCAGCCCGGCAAGAAAAGCUCUAAAGGAUCUCGCCGCCCCUGAGAUGAACAAUCGUUAUCAGACGCCCGCUCCCUCUAGUCCAUUAAGACCUCGUUCGGAGCAAAAUAUCCGAGACGAGAAUGCCAAUGCCGUGGAUGCUCCAACACCUAAAAGACGAAAGUUCAACCAUACUCCCGAUUCUUCACCUUGUCGACCCCCUUUAAUCUUCCAAUCGAACCAUGUUGGAUUUGAAGCGUCACCGGAUACUAGGCUAGCCUUGCUCAGCCCAAUUAGAUCUAUUCGUUCUAGUCAGGAGGAUAUCGAUUUGGAUGAUGAUGUUAGCGAGGACGAACUCCCAUCAUGGUCAAUGCCAAUGAGACGACUCGUACCUUUGACGAGUCGCGGGUUUGCCGGCCAACUUGCGCAAAGACAAUUAGGGGGGAUGCCUCAGGCCGGACGUUCUUUCAUGUCAUGCCCAGCCUCGGACUGGAGAAUAGAUGCUGCCGACUUUUACAGCAAGCCCGACGAUGUUCAUUCCUGCAAUAGUCACGACGGUCAAGGCCGAUGCAUACCAUUUUGUGCUGCCGCCUGUCACAAGAACAGUUUGACAGCAGUAGGAGAUGAGGAAGGUCGAGUUCGUCUACUGGAGUCGUCUGGUGGUUCAUCUGAACCAUUCCGCAAGAUUCAUCUAUGUUUCCAGGCCCACACAAAUGCCAUUAUCGACUUGUCUUUCUCUGAUGACGAUUACCGUCUGGCUACUGCAUCUGGCGAUCAAACCGGAAGAGUUAUAGAUAUGAUGACACAGACUCCAAUUGCGAUUCUUCAACAUCAUACCGCCUCCCUGAAGCAAGUUCGUUUCCAACCGGGCAAAUCUAAUGGCAAUGUCCUCGCAACGUCUUCCCGCGACGGAAGUGUUCAAAUAUGGGAUCUUCGUUGCGCAGGGAAACCAGUGCGGGAUAUCUUAGCACCCGAGGAACGUGAAGUCGCUUUACGAUACCGGCGCCCAGCACCCAAGCAAGGCUGUGCUAUCAAUAGUCUAUAUCACGCUCAUGUACGCACAUCACGCCAAGCUCAGCAAGCAUCAAACCUUGGACCUGGGGAUAUUCCAUCGCACCGUGAGCUACCAAACCGGGUAGGUGAUGUAUCUGUUACGGCACUCCAAUUUCUACCCUCAGGACAAGAGCACCUGCUACUUACUGCAUGUGAGGCGGAUGCUUCUAUCAAACUUUGGGAUAUCCGCGCCAUACAUUCAUCUCGCCAGAAGGUUCCCUCCCCACUGUCUGUAACCGCCCCACCCUCUUCGCAUCAGCAUUGGAGACCCUUUGGGAUCUCAUCCCUAGCACUCAAUACCGAUGCCUCUCGACUAUAUGCGGUGUGCAAGGACAAUACUGUAUAUGCUUAUUCAACUGCCCAUCUCAUGUUAGGACACGCUCCGGAACUCUCAACACGAAACGGCGAACCUCCCCGACGACGACACAAUGCGGUACCUCACCAAGGCCUAGGGCCGCUGUACGGGUUCCGACAUCCGUCGUUUCAUGCGACUAGCUUUUACGUCAAAGCCGCCGUCAGGCCAGCCCGUGAUGGCAAGAGCGAGCUUUUAGCUGUGGGGAGCAGCGACUCUUGUGCUAUGUUGUUCCCUACACAGGAGCGAUAUUUCAGGGAUGACCUUCUUGGUGCAAUGGGCUCUCUAAGUCUAGAAGAUUCUACGAUAGGUGUUUCUCAGAAACAAACGGUAUUGAACUCAAGCUUCUCAUCUACGGACUCGAAUACGGUGCGUAGGCCGCUUUUCCGGACCAAUAGUACUGCCAAUCUCUCGGCCAGACUUAACGAUGAUAUACCUAUUGUUCGAAUGGGGGCGCCACUCGUUCGAGGACACGAAAGUGAGGUUGGCGCAUUGACUUGGACAAGCGAGGGUAAACUCGUAACGGUGGGCGACGACUACUUGAUUCGAUGCUGGAGCGAGGGGAGAGAAGAGGCGGCGGACCUGAGGACAGGUGGCGAGACAGGUGGUCGACGUUGGGGAUGCGGCUGGGCAGAUGUUGGAGACGACUGGGAUCAGCUCGAUGACGACGAGUAA